GCCUAGCGUCUUACUACUACAGAAGAGGCCCGGCUGGCUUUCCCUGAGGCGUAAGCGUACUGUAACAGAUAGGACGGUCCACAACAAAAUGGCGCCGGAACCGGAGUACAGAAGUAAAACACAUUUCUGCCUCUAGGAACUGGAGUAGUCUCAUAUCGGGAGACUGAGUUCAACAAGCUAAACUGUAAAAAGCAGCACAGGCGGAGCGAGGGUGAAAGCGAGGCCUGGAGCGCAGAGGAGGUGUUUCCGGGUGCCUGACACAAACACAGGGUUGUGAGGAUCUGGGUAGCUCUGUAGCUGCUGCCCACCUCUGGGUACCAGGAGGUGAUGGGUGACGGAGAUGAUGAAUCCUCUGCAAGAUCAACAAGAGGCUUGCAGGACCCCGGCCGGAAGAUGAAUUUAGCCAUCCGCGGCUUCCUCCUUUUCCUCAUCGGUGUCUUCUUGGCACUGGUUUUAAAUCUGUUACAAGUCCAGAGAAAUGUCACCCUGUUUCCCCCAGAUGUCCUCUCCAGCCUCCUGUCCUCGGCCUGGUGGGUGCCGCUCUGCUGUGGCACAGCCGCAGCUGCCAUCGGGCUCCUGUACCCCUGCAUCGACCGACGCCUGGGGGAGCCACACAGGUUUAAGAGGGAGUGGUCCAGCGUCAUGCGGUGUGUGGCUGUGUUUGUGGGCAUAAACCAUGCCAGUGCUAAAGUGGACUUUGCCAACAACAUGCAGCUGUCUCUCACGCUAGCUGCCUUGGCCAUUGGGCUGUGGUGGACGUUUGACCGGUCACGGAGUGGCCUGUGCCUGGGAAUGGGAAUAGCUUUCUUUGCCACGCUCGUCUCUCAGCUGUUGGUGUAUAACGGGGUAUACCAGUACACGUCCCCUGACUUUCUCUAUGUGCGAUCAUGGCUGCCGUGUAUCUUUUUUGCUGGAGGUAUAACCAUGGGAAACAUCGGACGUCAGCUAGAGAUGUACGAGAGGAAAAGCCUGACGGAUAAAUCUCACAGGGACUGAGAGUAAAGGAUGAUUCCGGCCAAAGGGAACAGACAAGUCAUUGGGAAGUCGGAAGGACCCUAGUACUGUCCUCCAGCACUGUGAGGUAUUGCAAUCUGUGAUUGCUGCUGGGAGGUAAAACCUGCCAGGCCGGAGACUCUAUGGGGUAGCGAACAUUGAGGGGUUCUGCACAGACGAUGUGUCCUGUAAUACCCUCUUCUCUCAGGGGCGCUGGGAUCGGCCUGCAGAUAUCCCGUCUCCGCCACAGCUGUAUUCUGUGCACAGAACUUGCCUUGUGUCGUUAAUACAGAAUUGAAAUGA